AUGGACGCGACAGCGACAAAUGCCAACGGCGGCGCAUCGCACCCGCAUGUCGCCAGCCCAAAUGACACAGCAAAGCACUCGCAACAGUCGGCCGAAGACCAUCACGACUGGAGUGGUGAGGAUGCGUCCAGCGCAGACGAAGCACACGACAGGAGCCAAAGCGGUGCUCCCAGCAAGAGGAAGCGACCCUUGAGCGUGUCCUGCGAAACAUGCAAGCAGAGGAAAGUGAAAUGCGACCGUGGGGCGCCGGCUUGUAGCUGGUGUGUCAAGAACAACUCGGCUUGCGUGUAUCUGCCUCGUAAAAAACCUGGAUUGCGAGCUGGCUAUGGCCGUGAGCUUGAAGCUCGUUUGGGGCUGGCCAAAUCUCGAGCCUACGAGAUUUAUUUCAACGACAAGCUCGAACAUGCACUGGCACAGCAGCAGGCCCAGAUCAACCAUUUGUCCACUGCGUCCAUUGCAACAUCGUCCCCCCACGAAAUCAACACCUUUCGUAGCCCGCCCGUCAUACAAACACCGCAUAUCCCGCGUCCAGAGACGGCCCUCUUUAUACAGAAGCCCAACGCCACGUUCCCGUCGCAGAAUGCCAUCCAAAAUCAGUUUGGUGUUACCGAUGGUAGGCCGACGCCAUCUGUCACAGGCAACGGUUAUGGACAAUCUGAUGAUAUACAUGCCGGGCUAAGCAGCAUGCACCGAGACUCGUAUACCCCGUCUUUCAACAAUGACCAGUUUCACCCGACCAUGUCAAGAGCCCUGGGUCAAUCGGAGGUCGACUUUCCUCCAUACGAUUUGUUGUAUGGCCUAGUCGACUUGUUCUUUAAGCACAUAUACCCCUGGUGUCCGAUCUUGCACCGCCAGACUACCCUGAAUUCAUUGUUCGGCGACACUACUCUGGAUGAGGCGGAUCGAAUUAUUCUCCAUGCGGUGGUGGCUACAACGGUCAGGUUCUCGACCGAUCAACGUUUGACACCUGAAAAGAGAGCGCGGUAUCACCAGAGUUCGAAAGAAAAGGUCUUGCUUUACGGCAUCGAGAAUAGUUCGGUCAAGUCGCUCCAGGCACUCGUGAUCCUUGCAUUGGAUGUCGUAGGUUGUUCGAAUGGACCUCCUGGAUGGAACUUGCUCGCUCUCAUCACACGAAGUGUCGUUCAGCUGGGCCUUUCUGUCGAAAAGUUUUCGCCAAGUGUUGCGCCCCAAUACGCUUCAAUCUACACACUACGGGCGAUUGUCUUGCCUGAGCCAAAGGACUGGAUCGAGGAGGAAAGUCGACGCAGGCUCUUCUGGAUGAUCUAUGUCCUCGAUCGAUAUGCCACAGUUGCAACAGCCUUUGAAUUUGCGCUCGAUGAAGACGAGGUAGAUCGCAAGUUGCCUUGUCGAGACGACAUGUUUGCGCGUAAUCUGCCGGUCGACACUCGAUGGUUCCAUACUUCGACGAGAACUGAUUACAGUAUGGACAGGCCUGAGAACUUGGGUCCCUUUUCAUACUAUAUCGAGAUUCUGGGCCUGUUGACUCGCAUACACAAGUUCCUAAAAAAGCCAGUCGACAUCACUUCACUCUCAGACGUAGAGAAGUGGCAAAGCGAGUACAGAGAGCUCGACAAUGCUAUCGAACAGUGGAAGUACAACCUGCCACAGGAAUUCGGCAAUUCGGCGAGGGUAUUUGCAAAAUCGAAUGGCAUGAACCAGACGUUGAACAGCGGAAUGGUUAUGUUGCAUGCGGCUUAUCAUACCACUAUUAUCCGUCUUCAUUCAUCCGCGGCAUAUCCUACACAUCGUUCACCGAUCUUCACUCCAUCUUUUAGCGCAAGCCAAAGAUGUCUUAGCGCGGUCGAGAGCAUCACCGCGCUAUGUGCAUGCGUGCGGGAUAACGGUCUCUUGAGCAAACUCGGUCCUCCAUUUGCAUUCUCACUUUGGGUUGCUGCUCGUGUGCUCCUUGUCCACGGCUCGACGAUUGACCAUCGUGUUGACUCGUCUAUCGACCUCCUCGUCCGCACACUCCAAGAGUUUGGCCAGUAUUGGGAAGUGGGCACACGCUACGCAAAUCUUCUCUCACGUGUGCUCUCAGAAUAUCAGGAGAGCCAGCAGACGCCUGCUGGCGUCAAUGGCGAAAGAGUUACACCUUCAACGGUAAAGAUUCUGGCUGACAUGCGUCGCUGCGCAUUUGACCUUGACUUCCUCAUUUCUCGACAACCGAGGUUGAAUGCGAGACUUCCAUCUGUCACGCCAGCACGCACGCCAGCGCCCAAUGAGCUGGAGUAUCUCGAUGUGUUUGAUUUCUUCAACAUGCCUCGACUUCCAGUCUCGAUGGAUGGUGCGAUGAGCUAUGCAGCGCAAGAUGGUAGUAUGCAACUGCAAGAAGGUGGGUAUGGGAACGAGUCGAACAUUACGAAUUAUAUGGUUGAUGCGAGUUCGGACUGGUUUAUAAAGCAGUCUUCUUGA